AUGUCCCUGGCAUCCAAAUUGACUCUGGCAGCUUCAUUUGUUGUUUCCGGUGGUAUUAUUGGUUAUGUUCAUUUUAAACAGACAAGUGACAGAGAAAAACUACAUGAGGGAGUCGUUCGAGAUGUGGAACGACAACAACGUCGCAAAAUGGAAAAUACCUAUACGCUGCAGAAGCAAAUCGAUUUAACGAAGCAGCUAAAACAAAUGCAAACAUCACAAGAUGGUGAAGUCGUUAAUACGGGGACAUAG